AUGAAGGUGCAUGGCAGUCCCCCCCGCAAGUCGAGGUACUUCAAGACGAUCAUUGCCUUAUUACAAUCUGCUAAUGUUAAGCAGAACCAACCAAACACAGGGUCCUAUUCAGAUUUGCCUGGCAACAAGUUAUGGGAUGUUCAAGAUCCGUUCAAAUACUCCCCGCCUAAACCUGAAGGAGAUCUAUGGACACUGCUGUUGGACCCAUUGAUCAAGAAGGACAAGGCUCAAUGCGAGGCCUGGAAGGACGAAGCUGGAUUGUUCUCUGCGGUUGUUACCGCUUUCAUUGUUGAAUCGUACAAGAACCUGCAGGCAGAUCCUAGUGAUACCAUUGUCGCCCUUCUUUCUCAGAUAGCAUUGCAAACGAGUAGGGCACCCAAUGCAACUGCAGUCAAAUUGGAGCCUGCAGACUCUUUUGUACCCACCCAGUCCUCUAUUCGGGUCAAUGUCUUCUGGUUUCUCAGUCUCGUCCUCAGCUUAGCUACAGUCGUCGUUGGUAUUGUCUCUUUACAAUGGCUAAGGGAGCAUCAAUCAUAUGAGUCCGACCUCUCGCCACAGGAAAAAUAUGCGUUAUUCAACAUGCGAGCCGAUGGAUUGAAAGCCUGGCAUGUUGACAAAAUCUUCACCUCCUUGCCUCUAUUGCUACAGUCUGCCCUGGUCCUAUUUCUAGGAGGAAUUGUUGACUUUCUCCAUGCUAUUGGAUAUUGGGCUGUGACCGUUCCCGUUAUGGUUGCGAUUUCCUUCGUCCUGAUGUUUCUCAUUGCCACUACACUUCUCCCUUGCCUUCAAGUGAUAUAUCUUUCCACCUGUAUCCCCUUCAUUACCAGACAAACCUCGAAACGUAUUGAUCCCCCAAGUCAAUGUCCAUAUAAAUCACCUCAAUCCCAAGCCAUACGACGAAUUUUCACAUUUCUACAUCGCACAAAUACGCUCUAUCAUCUGCGGAAAUUUUUUCUCAUUGCUAAACGGCUAUUAAAGCAUAUUUUGGCGGGAUAUCCUGGCCGUUUUAAACUUGGUUACGGUUACAAUAAUACCGUUACGGAGUGUCUUCGCAUGGCUUUCCAAACGCAAUGGUGGACGCACUUUGAUGUAGCCUGGCUGAGCAUACGUGAUGCGUACAUGCGACGCUCAUUUGAGCGAGAGUUGUAUUUCCUUCGUCCUGAAGACCAGGAGGUGUUACCUAUUCAUGACGCCGUAGCAGGAUUGCUUUUGCAGCGUGACCAAAAAUCAACAGCUCACCUUGCAUAUCACUGUUUUGACAAGAUAUCGCUGAUGAGUGUUCCACGUUUUUGUUAUUAUCAAGAAACAUAUCUACACAGCCUUUUAACAAAUGCUUUGGGCCUCGCUGGUGAUACAAGUUUAUCGGACUUCCUAUGUCUGCCUGAUACCUCCUCCCCCCCUGACCCAAUUUACCUCAGUAUUCUUCGCCAGCAAAACCUCUUACUCUUUAUUGGAGGUCACACGAGCCCUGAAGGUGUACCAUCAUACGCAGCACAUAAAUUCGAGCUUUAUAUCCGUUUGGUAAAAUAUUUUCACGAAGAGAAUAAACAUCACCGCGCUGAGAUUGGGGACCAAAAAAUUUCGUGGUGUUUAACCAUUCGACAAGAUUUCCGUUAUAUUGUUUCUCGCAAUAUGGAUCCUGAAGCCUUUAUUGACAUUGUAUGGCAGCUGGGAAACAUUUCACUCUUAACGUUGCAACAGCUGGAGUCAAAUAUCAGAAUGUACAGCGCACCUGCUGUAUUCAUUCAGCAUUAUGACUUGGCUCAGCUUAUGUACUGGGUAGCCUGGGUCACAAUGUGGGUCAAAUUACCCAAGGAUGAGGUCGAGACUAUGCGGACAAACCGCUGCACACCGACAAAUCACCAACAAAUUUUUGCGUCGAUCAUGUUAUAUCUCGAAGACCAGAUGACCAGCAACAUUCCAGUUUUGACCAUAUCAGCCGGGUCACCUAACAGUGAAAACUGGCGGUCUUCAAGUUCAUGCUUUUUUUUCUACUUGGCUGUGCUAUAUUGCGACGGGCUUAAAUCUCUUAAUCCUUAUUACUACCAAAAGUUACUCACUCUGGUGCUGAAAUACAAGAAGCUCACGAUAGACCGUGGUCUAUCCGAUCCGGAUAUUGAAGCAGCACUGCGCUCUUGCCGCUCAACGGUCACCGAUCCAGCCCUUUUCUCCAAAAAGUGGUGGGACAAUUUUACAAAUCGAGCAUCUAUUGUAGUCGUUGCGGAGAACAAUUGA